AUGGCGCGCUUCGGGGCCGGCUGCGCCUACGCGGCCGCCGAGGACCGCGACGACCGGGACGGCCUUGCGGGCGGCGCCGGGGACCGGCAGCAGGCCCGGCACUACCGGCUCCUCUCCGAGCUGCAGGCCCUCGUCAAGGAGCUGCCCAGCGCUUCUCAGCAGAGGCUGUCCUACACGACCCUCAGCGACCUGGCCCUGGCUCUCCUCGACGGGACGGUGUUUGAGAUCGUCCAGGGCCUGCGUGAGAUUCAGCACUUGACUGAGAGGAACCUCUACAACCAGCGGCUCAAGCUGCAAAGUGAGCACCGAGCCCUCAAGCAGGAGAUGCUGCACAAGCACCGGGAGGACCAGCAGGGCUGCCUGCCGCACAACCUGCCCCUUCUCAAGGCGGCCCAGCAGAGGGAGCUUCAGGCCCUGGAGCAGCGGAUUCAUGACGAGCAGCAGAUGUUGGAUGAGAAAAUUGUCCUGGAGCUGGACCAGAAAGUGGUAGACCAGCAGAGCACGUUGGAGAAGGCGGGCGUCUCUGGGUUUUAUAUCACAACCAAUCCCCAGGAGCUGACCCUGCAGAUGAACCUGCUGGAACUGAUUCAGAAGCUGCAGCAAAAGGAGUCGCGGCCAUGGAAGCCGUUCUCUUGACGAGGGAGGGCAUGCGGGCAGCUCCCUUGCAUUUCCAGCCACGGCGAGUGCCAGGCUCAGCGUCUUGUUCUCAUUUAAAAGGGCGUGUGCAUCCGAUUUUCCUGCCAGACCGCAGGAGAAAAGGGGCCAGCGCAGGUGGUGUCGAGCUGCCAAAUGCCUCCAAACCCGCCAAAGACCAAUGUUUCGAUUUGAUUCUGUUUAUUUAUUUUGGGGGGGGGCGGGGAGUUGGGGGAGUGUUUGUUUGCUCAUUUGUUUCCUCUUUUAUAGGUGUUGAGGAUUUUUCAGUUGUUUAAAGGCUGUUGUUUUGACCCUGGGUUGUGGUCUCUAAACUAAAUAAAUGUAAUUAAGUAUAA